AUGCCUGAAGUCCAGCUCUUGGCGGAAUUACCAGGGCACACUGACCGGGUGUGGUCGAUAUCGUGGCACCCUACACUACCUCUUUUCGCCUCUUGUUCGGGUGACAAGUCGGUACGGUUAUGGAAGCUGGACGAAGGGAAUGGGUCGUGGGGUUGUGUAUCUACGCUGGACGACGCACAUAAGAGGACGAUUCGGUCGGUUGCGUUCUCGCCAGACGGAAAGCUACUGGCUACUGCCAGCUUCGAUGCCAGCACUGCGAUUUGGGAGCGGGAUAUAGAUAAAUGGGACUGCGUCGCAACGCUGGAAGGACAUGAAAACGAAGUGAAAAGCGUUUCGUGGUCUGCAUCAGGGGCUCUUCUAGCCACAUGCAGCAGAGAUAAAAGCGUAUGGAUUUGGGAAGUCGUUGGAGAUUCAGACUUUGAGUGCCUGAGUGUACUGCAAGAGCACGAGCAGGAUGUCAAGAUGGUACAAUGGCAUCCGAACGAAGAGUUACUCGUCAGUGCGUCGUAUGAUGACACGAUGAAAAUAUGGCGCGAGGACGACGACGACUGGUACUGCUCAGAUACGCUGAAAGGCCACGGCUCGACUGUCUGGGGCGUGGAUUUCAACGAUACAGGAGAUUUAUUAGCCUCAGUAAGCGACGACCGCACCCUGCGCUUUUGGCAAAGAGAAACGCCACCACGGCCCGAUCCCGCCACAUUAUCGUUCCAGCCGCGCCAAGACCCGAAAUGGCGCAACAUCUUUACAAUACCAGAGCACCAUGAUCGGACCAUCUACUGCGUGUCGUGGUCGAAAGUCCAUGGUCGGGUCGUCACGGCGGGUGCUGAUAACAAGGUUAAGAUUUUGGAAUCGAUGGCGGCGAACGAUGGGAUAACUAAUGGGGAUGACUCAACAACGCCACAAUUCGCAACAGUAGCAACCAUAACCGACUCCCACGGCCAUAGUGACAUAAACUGUGUGAAAUGGUGUCCUCUAAAGGAAAACGGAUACGGGGAUUUGUUGGCAACGGGUGGGGACGAUGGUGCUGUGCGCGUAUGGCGCUUUGUAACAUAG